CUCCGCGCGGGGCCAAUCAGGAGCGAACAGGUCGCGCGGCGAGGGCGGGGGCGGAGGGCGGCGAGAAGAUGGCGGCCAAAGGCGGCAGGAACGGGCUGCUCGAUAAGUGGAAGAUUGACGACAAGCCAGUAAAAAUUGACAAAUGGGACGGUUCAGCUGUGAAAAAUUCUUUGGAUGAUUCUGCCAAAAAGGUUCUCCUGGAGAAGUACAAGUAUGUCGAAAAUUUCCGUUUGAUUGAUGGCCGCCUCAUCAUCUGCACAAUCUCUUGUCUCUUUGCGAUUGUAGCUUUGAUUUGGGAUUACCUGCACCCUUUUCCUGAAUCCAAACCUGUUCUUGCCUUUUGUGUUGCAUCAUAUUUUGUGAUGAUGGGAAUCCUGACCAUCUAUACCUCAUACAAAGAAAAGAGCAUUUUCCUCGUAGCUCACAGAAAAGACCCCGCGGGGAUGGACCCCGACGACGUUUGGCAGCUCUCCUCCAGUCUCAAACGGUUUGAUGACAAGUACACCCUGAAGCUGACUUUCAUCAGCGGGAAAACCAAACAGCAGAGGGAAGCCGAGUUCACCAAAUCCAUCGCGAAAUUCUUUGAUAACAACGGGACGUUAGUCAUGGAGGCCUACGAGCCGGAGGUGUCCAAGCUGCACGACAGCCUGGCCCUGGAGAGGAAAAUAAAAUGAUUUCUGACGCCGCCUGCCUGUUUGGGAACGUGCUAAAUUAACACCAAUAAAGUGAGAUAGCAAAGAAAGUGAA